CUUGUUCUCUCCCAUAUUGAUGCAAAUGUUACUAUAUAUAUUAAAAAUUAUCGUUAUAAAGAUCAAUGCAAACACAAAUAUUUAAACGAUAUUUCCACGUUGCGCUCUUUCUCCCUCUGGCUUACUCUUUUAUUGCAGCAGAAACAAAAGAAGAGAAAAGGAGCAUUGUCUGAAAUCUGAACGAAGGACCCAUUUCGGAAAAGCAUCAGUUUGAAAAAUUCGAAAUUGAGGAAAAAGAUUUGAAAUUGGCACGGAAUCUGAAAUGGCUCUUGUUGUGUAGAAGAAGAUGGGUUUCGUAUGAUUUCAGUUCCACCAAAUCUUGGGGGCUUAGCUUAGGCUCCUUAGAAGAUCAGUUUUAAAAGCCAUGGACAUGAGUGACAGAGACGAGUUUGCCGCAGAGAAGAAGAGCAAUCGUGAUAAUGGUGUGCAAGACUUGGAUUCGGUUGAUACGCCUGCGGAUUGGAGAAUCUCUGGCUCUAAUCCACCAGUUUCGUAUCAUCUCGAGAAUCCGAUCUCGAUAUCUCACUCAUCUUGCUCGGAAUCAUUCAGACAAAGUCUUUGGCAUGAGGGAGGUUUCAAUGUCCACACCGAUGCAGGCGCCUCCAAUGCAAUGUCUUCCUUUGGAAGUAAUAAUGAUAUUGAGAGACCUCUUGAAAUGGGUUGGAGCAUGGCUGAUUCGGGAUUCAUAGAGCGUGCUGCGAAGUUUUCGUUAUUCGGAUGUGGGAGUUUUAGUGAAAUGAUGACGAAUCAACAACAGUCUCUUGGAGUUUCAGAAUCAGCUGGCUUGUUUCUUCAACAUACAGAAACUGCAAGUGGGUCUCUUAAGGUGGUGAAAGACAGAUGUAAUGUAUCAGAUGAUUCUCAGUCUAGUGGAGGCAAACGUGGGGAAACAUCUUCCAAGGGAGAUGACAGUAAGAAGAGGAAAAGAGUUGGGAAGGAUUGUGAACCUGAUCAAUCACAUAGAGCUCAGGGGUCUGGUGAGGAACAAGAAGAUAAGAAGCAGGAGGAUGAGCAAAGCCCGAAUUCAAAUGGUAACAAGACUAAUAGUGGGAAGCAAGCUUCUGAUCCUUUAAAGGAUGGGUAUCUCCACAUGAGGGCACGAAGAGGCCAGGCUACAAAUAGCCACAGUCUUGCAGAAAGAGUAAGGAGAGAAAAAAUCAGCGAAAGGAUGAAGUUCUUGCAAGAUCUUGUACCGGGUUGCGACAAGGUGACUGGAAAAGCAGUUAUGCUGGACGAAAUCAUUAACUAUGUGCAAUCACUUCAAUGCCAGAUCGAGUUUUUAUCUAUGAAACUUUCGACUGUGAAUCCUGUACUCGACUUUAACCUCGAAAGCCUCCUUGCCAAAGAUGCCCUUCAAUCAUCUGCACAAACAUUUCCUCAAAGCAUGUCUAUGCUUUAUCCUCCUCUAUCGUAUCUCUCUCAAACAGGAAUCAUGCAACCCAACUUUUCCUCAGUGUGUCCCUUGAAUGGAGGAUUGAAACGGCAGGAAACACAUGGAUACGAAAGUGAUCGCCACAAUAUUGUACAGAUGAACCAUGGAACUGGCACUGCACCUGAUCAUGAAGACGCAACAGCCAACACGAAGGUGAAGCCGUAGAUGUUUCUUCUUCACUUUGUACUCUAGCUGUAAUAACAUGAGCUGUGAUCGAGGAAUUUUCAUUUAACUUUGCACAGAAGAGUGGAAAUGAGACAGAGGAGAAAGCAGAUCUUGUCUUUGUAAUCUGUACAGCUGGGGAGAAAGAGUCAAGAGUAAGAAGCAACAACAUUUUGUGAUGGAGAGAAAUAGAUGUUGCCAAGGGUCACUGCCACUUAUUGUCUUCUUCUUCUUUUGUGUACAUAUAAAUCGAUGUAGGGAAGACAAAUGUUGAUGUAUAAUACUAAUGUGCGGUGUUUGGAAAUACAUUUAUAUAUGCCGCGAUGCGAUUUGUUCGUUUCCAUUCUCUUUCUUGCUUUUGUAAGACAUCUCAACCUUUGCAACAGCGAUGUACGUCGGAGAUAAUGAAAGGCAGGCCUCUCUCGUACCAUUGAAAGUUCUCUUGGCAACAUCUCACAAUCUUCAUACGGAUCAAGAUUUGC